UGCUGCUCGCUCGUCUGGGAAGAUGCCGCUGGCGCAGCUGGCAGACCCGUGGCAGAAACUGCCGGUGCAGAAAGUGGAGAGCGAGAAUGGCCAGCAGUUUGUGGAAGAAUCCAUGUGUGAAGAUGACAAUGACAGCAAUUGAAUUCCAGAAAAAGAAACCUAAUGACCUGCUAAUAUUUGAUGAAGGAAAUAUAAAUGAGAUUGCAAUUACACACCAUGUAAAGGAAGGAUACGAGAAAGCGGACCCUUCACAAUUUGAGCUUCUCAAGGUACUUGGACAAGGCUCAUUCGGAAAGGUAUUUCUUGUGCGAAAAAUCUCAGGGUCUGAUGCUGGACAACUAUAUGCAAUGAAAGUAUUAAAAAAAGCUACACUUAAAGUUCGAGAUCGUGUUAGAACAAAAAUGGAGCGCGAUAUUUUGGUUGAAGUUAAUCAUCCGUUUAUUGUCAAAUUGCACUAUGCUUUCCAAACAGAAGGCAAAUUAUACUUAAUUUUGGAUUUUCUCAGGGGAGGAGAUUUGUUUACACGCUUAUCCAAAGAGGUAAUGUUCACUGAAGAAGAUGUGAAAUACUACCUGGCAGAAUUGGCACUUGCUUUAGAUCACCUUCACACUCUUGGAAUAAUAUAUCGUGACCUUAAGCCAGAAAAUAUACUGCUUGAUGAGGAGGGCCACAUCAAAUUAACAGAUUUUGGUCUUAGCAAAGAGUCUAUUGACCAUGAAAAGAAAGCUUACUCUUUCUGUGGCACGGUGGAGUACAUGGCACCAGAGGUUGUAAAUAGGCGAGGCCACACACAGAGUGCCGAUUGGUGGUCUUUUGGCGUUCUCAUGUUUGAAAUGCUUACUGGUACCUUACCCUUUCAAGGAAAGGACAGAAAGGAGACCAUGACCAUGAUUUUAAAGGCCAAGCUUGGGAUGCCGCAGUUCCUUACCCUGGAGGCCCAGUCUCUUCUACGCAUGCUCUUUAAGAGAAACCCAACCAACAGACUAGGAGCUGGUCCAGAUGGUGUUGAAGAAAUUAAGAGACAUCCUUUCUUUUCAACAAUUGAUUGGAAUAAAUUGUAUAGAAGAGAAAUUCAGCCUCCAUUCAAACCAGCAACAGGUGGUCCCGAAGACACAUUCUAUUUCGACCCAGAGUUCACAGCAAAAACACCCAAAGACUCUCCCGGUAUCCCAGCAAGUGCCAAUGCACACCAGCUCUUCCGAGGAUUUAGCUUCGUAGCGAUUGCUACUGAGGAAGAAAACCAGGCUAUUCAAACGGUUGGAGUUCAUGGCAUUGUUCCGCUUCACAGAAAUAGCAUCCAAUUCACUGAUGGUUAUGACUUGAAAGAAGAUAUUGGGGUCGGCUCCUACUCUAUUUGUAAAAGGUGUAUUCACAAGGCAACUAAUAUGGAAUAUGCAGUAAAGAUAAUCGACAAGAGUAAGCGAGAUCCUACAGAAGAAAUUGAGAUUCUGCUACGCUAUGGACAACAUCCAAACAUUAUCACAUUAAAAGAUGUAUAUGAUGAUGGAAAGUAUGUAUAUCUAGUAACAGAACUAAUGAAAGGAGGAGAACUUCUAGACAAAAUUUUAAGACAGAAGUUCUUCUCAGAACGGGAGGCGAGCGCUGUGCUGCACACGAUUACCAAAACCGUUGAAUACCUCCAUUCACAAUGGGUGGUCCACAGGGAUUUGAAGCCCAGCAAUAUUCUUUAUGUGGAUGAGUCUGGAAAUCCUGAGUCUAUUCGUAUCUGCGAUUUUGGAUUUGCUAAGCAACUCAGGGCAGAAAAUGGCUUACUUAUGACUCCUUGUUACACUGCUAAUUUUGUUGCUCCUGAGGUAUUAAAGCGUCAAGGUUAUGAUGCUGCGUGUGACAUCUGGAGCCUAGGUGUUCUCCUAUAUACUAUGCUAACUGGAUAUACACCUUUUGCAAAUGGACCGGAUGAUACUCCUGAAGACAUAUUGGCAAGAAUAGGCAGUGGGAAGUUCUCUCUAAGUGGCGGUUACUGGAAUUCAGUCUCCGAUAUUGCUAAGGAUUUAGUAUCAAAAAUGCUUCAUGUGGAUCCACAUCAGAGAUUAACAGCUGCCCAGGUACUGAAGCACCCCUGGAUAGUACACUGUGACCAGCUGCCUCAGUUCCAGCUCAACCGACAGGAUGCACCUCAUCUAGUUAAGGGAGCCAUGGCUGCCACAUACUCUGCUUUGAACCUCAAUCCAUUGUCUCCAGUGUUAGAACCUGUAGGCCGUUCCACUCUUGCACAAAGAAGAGGUAUAAAGAAGAUAACCUCAACUGCGCUGUGAACAUGACUAUCUACAUAGCUCUAGAGCUGGACAGCCACAGCACAAAACCAGGCCAACAGAGAGAUAGCACAUAUCAAAAAGACACUCCGGCAAGCACAUAUCAAAAUGACCCCUGCCGGCUCUUCAUCUAUGCUGCUGCUUUUUGUCUGUUUUCUCUUUACGUUGUCAAUGGCAACCCUUCUACCUUACUGACUCUAAUGACCAGUCUGUAAAAUGAGAAAUGGAAACCUGGUCCUCCACCAGUGGAGCAAUAAGACUUUCAUCCUCCCUGCAUGAAGAAUACACUGAAACGUCAAUGAUUAUUUUUAUAGGGAGAAUUUUCAGUUGCCCAUCUCUCUCUUUACUUUGAGCACUUACAUUAUAUCAAUGCUGUGUUCUUUAAAUCUAUGUACUCUGUGCCAUGCAAACUUUUGAGUUUAUUUUAUGGCACAUAACUGCCAGUAUCCUCUGCGACUUUUUUUAUUUUAUUUUAUAGUUACAUUUGUUGCCUAUUUUCUUGUUGUGCUCUAAUUUAACUUUUUUUUUUUUUUUCUAUAAAUGUAAUUCUUGACAUGCCUAGUCUUUGUUUCACAAUGAGUCCUGUAUGUUCUGUGGCAGUGGCGUAGACCACUGGACUUGGGUGUGUGAGCUUCAACAGAAUAGUGCAGGUAUAGUACUGCAUCUGAAUGUAAUGUGAUCCAACACAUACAUGAAAAUAUGAACCCGCCACCUCCAGGAAACUGUUAAAGGAGUUGUUCGCACUCUGUGUGCUAUGAAUUCUUCCUCUGUGUGCUAUGAAUUCUUCCAGAAAACAAAUGGUUAAAGCAGUAGUACUUGAUUAUAUCAGGAAUCCCUUUGACAGUCCUUAUUUCCGUUCUGUUUGGUUUGCAGUUUUGCUUACUGCCCAUGUUUUGUUUUAUUUUGUCGUUUUAUAAUACAGUUUUACAUGUUGGGUUUAAUUCAUACACACUUUUGGCUUGACAUUGCCACUUUAAAGCUCCCUGCUUUAAUUCCAUAGGUUGGUCCACAUUUAUUUCUAGCCAUGCAAAUUGCAUGAACAGUAGUAAAAUUAAAUAUUCCCAGUUACGCAGAUGUCAUAGCAAGGAAAUUCUAAAAGCUUAACUUUGACAGUAACUGGUUUGGAAAAUUUUGUAGCUUUUCCUUAGAGGAGGUUUCAAUAUUCCUAAAGUACAAAUAUAUGAAUAAUACAUAUACACUGUAGGUUGGCAAUAUAAUUUGUAAAUAAACUCAAACCUACAAGGUUUCACAUGUCAGCUCUUCAGUUGCUGUACGGCGAACGUCCAGUUAUUAAACACAGUUGCUGGAAGUAGCGAAGUACUGGAAUCUUAAUUUACUUUUACAGACUGCCCUCCAAGCUCCUUAUAUGGCUUGGUCCCAAAAUUAGUAGAGGUCACUUAGCUUUUAAAAAAGGCAAUAAAUGAACUGUGGUCAGACAGCAUGGGUGGUGAUAAGUGGAGAAGGAAUCGAAUACAUUUCUAGAACAUGCAUAAGCACUGCUGUUUGAACUAGAUUGAUUUGAAAGCAAAUAUAAUGGAGAAUUAUCUUCUUCUGAUUGCUCAUAUAUUAUUAUUUUUUUUCAUUUGGAAUAAUACUUUAUUUUAAUUAAAUAUAGAUGCACAAAUAGAUUUGAUGGGGUUUUUUGCCAUUUACUUAUCUUUUCUGAAUAAAAGUGUUGAUAUUCAUGAUGAGCUGUGGAAUUAGCUUUAUGACCUAACUGACACAGGCGAAAGGGACACUGUAUACAAAGGGAUGUAAUUAUUUUGCAGUUACUGUAUUUCUGGUGGGGGGCUGUUUAAUUUUUUUUUUUU